AUGUGUAAUCAAAUAGAUUCCGUGCUGAGGCGACGAAACACUGGAGAAAACUGUAAUGAAGUGGGAGGAAUAUGUCAAGCCAGAUGCGAUACAGGGAACACUAUUGGCAGAGUUGCCAUUUACUCACUACUUUGCAAUGAAGGGGAUGUAUGUUGCCUCACUGAAGAUUAUAUGUGCAGUGAAAACAUAUUUGGUGCGUUUUGUAGUGUCGAAUGUGACGAUUCAAUGAAUUCGAUACAUGAUCCAACACUGUGUAGUGGAUUUCCCGAAACAUACUUUUGUUGCAAACCUCCAUAUGUCAGAGGUAUUGGAGUGUAUGCACCAGAUCCAGUAGAAGAUGAAAAUGGAGAGCUUGACGUUCCACGGCUGAAGGCAAAAGAUGUGCCACCACCUGAAGAACGAGAAGCUAUAGGUCCUAACGACGGAGACGAACCCCCACCAGAUGGAUUUAUUUUAAGUGGUGAAACGUAUGGAGGUAUUGAAGUUCCAGAUUUCCCCAUUAGUGGGAAUGUGCAAGCAAGUCCCGGCGAAUUCGGAGAUCCUCUGAUAACAACGUUGGAUGGUCUUCAGUACAAAUUCUUAGGAAGGCCAUGUAACUACAUACUGAUGCAGAGAACAAAAGAGCCUCCCUUCAGGGUCGUUAGCCAUCACACUGAAGCGACACAAUUUGGUCAACCUGCCACUAUUCUCACACGAACAUACAUUUACUAUCAAGACGUUAUGUUAGAAUUGCUAGAAGGAAAUCGUAUGAGGGUUGAUGGCUCUAACGUCACCGAAUUUAUAAGCACCAACGCAACAACGUUCGGAAAUGGCGGAAUUGAAAUUAAGUGGAAUAACAAGAAUAAAGAUUUUGUCACGCUUUACUUCGGUCCCGGUGAAUUUUCUGUUAUUUGGAACGGGCUCUUGGGACACGUGAUUGUAGAGACAGAUUUAACGGAUAUAUCCGGUCUUAUUGGGAAUAACAAUGGGGUUAUGAGUGACGACUUACAUUAUACAGGCGAUGAUGGAAAAGAGGUGUGGCUCGACGAGACUUCGUCGACGGAGGAAAUGAACAAGUUCGGCGAACAUUGGCUUGACAGUUGUUGAAGUAAGCUGAACGAAGCAUUGGAGAUACGCACAGACCUGACUGAUAUACUAUAAUCCUUUACGACGAAAUAAAAACUAUGAAGAAUUUGAAGAUACCGAUUUUGUCACAAACAUAUACCCUCAUAUCGUUAGUGUGGCUGUAGAUGGUUGUAGAUUCUUGUCAAAAUAAAACCCCUUUCUGUAGUUUAAAGAUUAGUUGGGAAUAAACCAUGAACAU